AUGCCCGCCAGGCGAGAUCACAACCACCUCCGGCCGCCCGGCCAAGGCGCCACCGGGACACAGCGUGCCAUGUACAACCUCGGUCACGCCUCGUCCUCGGGCAACCUCGUCAGCCGCACCACAGACGGCCUCGCCCUGCCCCACGCCGGCAACCUCUCGUCCUCUGCGCUCCCAUCCACUUCCACCACCUCCUCCUCCGCCUACCACCCCGUCCCGGCCACAGAGGCGCCCUACCUCACCAACAUCGAGUCGCAUUUCGGCAGGAUGACGCUCACCGCCCCCGACAACAUGCGCAGAAAGCAGGCAAAGGAGAAGAAGCUCAAGGUCAAGCAGAAAAAGGCCCACGCCGCCCACGUCGCCGCCGCAGCCCUCGCAGGCGUGCCCAGCCACGCAGCAGAGGCGGGCUACGACGGCUCAGCGCCAGGGCCUAGCAACCUCGCCAGGCCAGCGAUGCACAGGGGCGUCAGCUCGGGCUACAGCUCCAGCGGCCACGCAACCCCGGCCGCCGCCGCAUCAUCGUCGUCGACCGGCAGGAGGACGCCCGUCGGUCACACAGCAGUCAACGCGGCCACCGUCCAGCCGAGGCGGAGACCUGCGUCAAAUUCGAGGCUGACGGUACCGGCGAGCCAGACCGAUCCUGCCUCGCACCGCCCGGCCUCGAGGUCGAGCAGGCGGACGGCAGAACAGCCAAGCAGACCGGCCAGCUCGCUCUCGCAGAACGCCGGUACCACUGCGCCUGCCUCGUCGUCCACGGCGGCAUCGCCCUCUCGAUCGCGUCAAGCGAGCAGCGACGGGAUACUGCGCUCUCGCAGCGACAGCGCGCCUGCGUCUGGUGCAAGUGGGCCCUUGUCCGCCGACGGCCCCGUUGCUGCUGAGCGGUCUUCGCCGUCGCAGCAGGCACAUCUCCAAGCUCAUGCGGACGACUCCGCCUCGGCCAGGUCCGGCGAGCAGGAUACCAUCUCGUCGGCCUUGGCGCAACAGGCAUCGCUGCGGCGCUACAACAUCUGGAACGACCUCGCCGGCCUGCCCGGCGCCGAGGAGCCGGAUCCAGACGACCUCCCACCUCCCUUUCCCGAGGGCGCGACACGGCCUCGCACGCCGCCACAACCUCCGCCGGCGGGCAGAGAGUGGACAGAGGAAGAGCGCCUGGCCUACGAGGAGGCCGAGCGGUGGAGAGUACCCGACAGUCCGCCACCCGCCUUCCGGACCGAUCCGGAGAGCGACGGCAGCGGACGAGAGGACAACGCAGCAGUGGCGAGGAGCACCAGGGGCAGGAGGUCCCGGACACCAGCGACGAACGGAGCGGCGGGGCCGGAUGCAGCAUCGACCCAGGCCGGCCAGGCAGCACGCGCCUCGACCGCUGCCGCAAUACAGCACGGCGGCGGCGACGACUCUUCUUCUCUUUCUGAAUCGUCGACCAGCGAGGCGGAAGCAGAAGAGCUGGCGCAGGAGCGGCACGCAUGGGAGGCAGACAUUCAGGCGGGCCUCAGCUUCGAGGAGCGCCUGAUGCGCGAGCAGGAGCGGAGAGAGGCAAGGGAGAGGGCGCUGCUGAUCGCCAGAGGCGGCGUGCCGCCCGAGUGGACGCGGCAGGAGAGUAGCGACGAGGAGCGGGAUGAACCAGAGCAAGAGACCGACACUGUUCCGGCCGCCGAGGAGGCCAUCUCGACGGGCGCAGCCGCGCCGGCGGAGGCUGAAACGACCGAUCGACCCCAUCUUUCCGGAGAUGCUGGAAGCGACGACGAGGACUUCCACGAGACGACGGCCACUCACGCCCCCGAGGCUCCGACGGCGCCUGCUGUUGAAGCGGCGCCGACCGAAGCAGCGGCGGCCGCUCCUCUGCCGGCGCAUGACGAGCCAGAAGCGGCCGCUACGCCCCAUUCCACUGCUGCCACGACUGGUACGCCAGUAUCGACCGAGGCAGCACCCUCCGCCGCACCGCGAACACGAUCAACUCCUGUCGAGACGGCCACAGCUCCGGUCCAGGCGCCAGCCGCUCGUCAGACAAAGGCGCUUUACAACGAGCCCCGCCUGGGAGCCUCGGCAGGGCCCUCACACCAGGGCCACCGAAGGACCACUUCGGAAACCCUCAACCCGCGACGAAACGGCGCGAGCAGUUCGGCGAUCCCGAAACGCCUCGCGACCAGGACCAGGACGAGGCCAGCCUCAGAGUCUCACUCGAGGUUCCGCGACGACGCUACGGCAGCCGCCGAGCGGCGGAGCAAUCUACGGUCUCGAACGGCGAUGCGGCCCGAGGACAUGCUGCUCCCCGUCUCGGCGCCCCCGCCUCGCUUUGCCGCGUCGAGCGACCAGCUCGUCGGAUCGAGCGCCAGCCCGCUCUCGCCGCUCUCGGGCGCAUCCCGGAACACUGCGGCGAUUGUAAGUUCGAGCGACGAGCUGCAGCCCUCGGACGCAGAGAGCGACUCGUCGGUGGACCAGUGGUUGGCCGAGGCGGCUGCAUUCGACGCGCUGCGCAGGAAGGAGGAGGCUGCAGCCGAAAGGCUGCGCAAGCUCCGCGCCGUACCUACAGACGGCGACGGCGACGACAGCAGCAGCAGCAACAGCGAAGACGGCGAAGCUCUCGCCGAGCGACAUGUGCCUGGUCACUUUGAGCCAGCCCGGCCAUCGCUGCCUCCAUCGCCCGGCCUGAACAGGCUGGCUUGGAUGGGCAAGUCGGUGGCCAAGGCCCCGCCUCCGCUGGUGCUCGGUCGCUCGAGGGGCGGCGCUGCAUACUCGUCGUCUUCCGAGUCGUCGGAUACGGACGAGGGGCGACUGCCGUCCAGCUCCGGUAGCGAGCCGGAAGACGCACCGGCAGAGGCCUGGUCCGCGGCGAAACCUUUGGACAAGCCUGCGGCCAUGUCCACGACGACGGCAUCUGCGGCUGCCACGGAGGAGGGCGUCGCACCGACAAGGCCGACGCAGGCUCCUAUCGCAACGCUUCGUGCUGGACAGCAGACCGCCGCCCCUCCUGGAGUGGAGACCCGGCAGUCUCGGCCAUCAUCCACGCCGGUUCCCCCCAAGCCCGAUGCACCGAGUCUGCAACGAGCGAGCUCAUCGGCUUCCGCGCGGUCCGCCUUCACCAGCACAGCGGACGCCACCGGACCAUCUCGGAACAUUGACGAUGGUGCAAAGGGAGCGGUUCUGACGAGGCAAGGUACCGUGUACGUCCCCAUCACUCUGCGCAUGGCAGAGGAGCCGCUCCGCCCGCCCGAGCCCGAAACGCGGGCAGGCCUGUUUCAGCACGACAGCUCCAGCAGCCGCGACGUAUCAUCCGACGAGGAAACGAGGCGGCCGUCCGCUGCACCUGCCGGUUCCGCAUCGCUCAAGAGUCCCCCAGUGCCCGGUGACAGCGCGGCAGGUGUUUCGAGACCCUCUCCUCUGCCCAGAGAGAGCAGCGACUCUUUGAGCAAGAACCUGCCUCCGCCUCCGCCCCCGGCCCCGCAGUCUGACUAUCGGGCGGCGGGUUCCAGCCCGAGCGGCAAGGCGCCGAUCAGCAACCGGCUGCGCGGCCUGUUUGGUACGCCUCUUGUCGAGCCCGCACCCGCCAAAGCGCGGACAUCAUCAAUCGGCAGCUCGGCACAGGCAAAGGGAAAGGAGCCUGUGCGGGCGGUCGACACGUCCCCGCUGGACGAGGCGCCCCGCGUACAGAGACGCCCGUCCGCCAAGAGCGUCAAGUCGGACAGGUCUGUCAGGCUGGAUGCAGGCGACGGGACGGGGCAGGAGUGGCACGAGGCUACGUCUGUUUCCUCGGCCGUCGGACGCCGGCAGUCGCUGCAGAAGCAGCCGUCCACAUCAUCGCUCCGCAGCGUUGCUUCUCGACAGCCCUCGUACAAGCGUGAGGAGCGACCCGACGAGCCCGACGAGCAACGUGCGACCGAGGAAGUCCUGGCCCAGAUCGCCGAACUACAGUCGACGACGGCGGCACGACAGGACUCGCUGGCCGCGCUCGAGCGGCUGCUCGCCCGCACUACGAGGCCUGUCUCGAUGCAGCCGUUGCCGCGCAGCACCUCGCCGCCUUCGAUGUACGGCCCGCAGCCACGGACGCUGGGUACCGGCGUCGAGCUGGCAUCAGGAUCUUCGACGGGUGGAGAAGGAUCCGCCACCGCUGCUGCGUCGACGCCAGCUUCGGCAUCUGGCACGGACUUGCCGCAGCCUCGGUGGCCAGGCGCAAACCGCCUGUCUCGGCAGGGUGCAGUCCACCGGACCCGCGACGGCCCACCGCCUCCGCCUCCGGUCUCGUACAACAUGCGGCCCAGCGCCCGCCCCGCUUCGUUCAUAAAUCCGCGCUCGAGCGUCGCACCGCUCCCGCGAGGCCGGCUGCCGACGAUCACCGAUGCCACGCGCCAUUUUCCGCCGUCGAGGCAGAAUACCGGCGUCGUCCGCACGCCCAGCUGGCUGGCGCACAUCCCGAGCGCAGAGAGGAGCCAGCUGCCUCCUCCACUGAUUCCCGACAGGAUCCCGGAGGGACCUGGUGCUGCUCACACUGGCCAAACGUCGGAGCAGCAGCAGCAGCAGCAGGAGCAGCGGAGGGAUGAAGGCGUAGGCUCGAUGCUCUCGUCGAGUGGCUCCAUUUACCGGAAAGCCGACGUACCCGCGCCUGCCCCGCUCAGGACGGCAGGCAGUCGUGUAUCGGCAAUGAUCUCCAAGUUCGAGGUGCCUGGAUCUCCGCAGGCAUCGGCCGCACCUGCUUCGCCCCUCACCAGCGAGCCAGUGCCGACAGCCCCACAGAGCAUCCGAGAGCGCCCGGUCAGCACGUCGACGUCCAUGCUGCCCCCGCGACAACAAGCGGAUCCUGUAGAGUCAUACGAGACCCUAGGCAGACGACCACCGCCUCCACCACCGCCUAUGGCGACGGCCUCAUCUGCGGCACAGGCGGCAUCUCGACGACCUCUGUCUUCGACCAGUCUGGCGCCUCCGCGACCGCACAUCCAAGAUGCGAGCGGCCCGGGACCGAGCUCGACCCUGGCACCACCGACCGGCGGGGCAGGACUGCCCCGUUCGCCCCGCACGCAGGCUCUGGACCUGCUGACCCGGCGCGAGUCGGGCACGACCUCCCAGCAAGCGCCGCCGAGCCUUCCGCCCAAGUCGCCGCUGCUGCCGCCCGAGCAGCUGUUCCACCCUUCGCGGAGGGGACUCAACGAGACGCUCGCUGCGGCCCAGGCCGCUUCGAGAUCGCGGCGCGAGACGCGUCCCCAGUCUUCGCCGGUCCUUGCCUCGAAUGGAGCGAAUGGACCGACCACGGCCAUGCAUGCCGGGUCGCAGUCCGAUCUCGCCUCACAGCAUCGAGCCACACCGCAGCAGAGACCGCUGCCCGUGCCCGGGACUCAAUCUGGCCGCCCGCUGGCAGGGCUCUUCGGUCCCGUCCACAGCGAGGACCUGAUCAGUCUGUCCGACGCUCUCCCAUCGCCCCCGCCGCCUCGACCUCCUCAAGGCUGGCAAGGAACAACGGCAGGCGCGCCGACCGGCACGGCGUCCGCUCGAUCGGGUCAAGCGAGGCCGUUGCCCACUUUGCCGAGCAGCGUGGCGCAGUGGAGUCCCGCACCCACCGCCAUCGCACCUUCUGCGCAGCCUCGAGGACCAGGCUCGGUGGCAUCGACGUCCACCAACCCGUUCCUUCGUGCGUCGGGAGCAGGCUAUUCGCCGACGGCUCCACCCCGUCCGCCGCCUCUGCUGCCGGAAAGACCGCCGCGGAACAGGAUCUGGGACGACGUCGUCGACGAUCGCGAUGUCGCGCAGCGAUCUUCCUCGCCGCCGCCCGCCUCGUCAUCGAGGCUGCCUGCAGUCGAAGCGCCGAGCCAGUCGUCGGAGUCACCCUUCCGCACGGCGGGGUCGUCUCGCUUGCCCUUCAAGCCGCCGACGCCGCAGCGGCAGGACAGCAGCGGUGCGAGCCUGUCCGAGGACCGCGAGGUCAAUCUCGACGAAGAGGCGCGGCUGGGCUCGUCGUCGUCGAUCGCGGCCGAGCCGUCUGCGGCGAACCUGAUCAAUGCGGCCGCUUCGGCCGUCGGGCGGUCCGACACGGUGCGUUCCCUCGCCCGCCAGCCGCCGCGACGGGAGCGCGGUGAUGCGUCGCCGCCUCUGCCAUCAUCGAUGCCGUCCGGAUCGACAGGGCGCGAUGAGGGUCCGCAGGCUGCCUCGGAUCACGGUACUGUCGCCAACGCCGGCGGAGGCGGGGGCUCGACUUCGCUUCAGCGCGCGCCCUCGCUGGGCUACACGGAUCUCGACCUGCUCGUCUCGCGUCUCGAGGCUCUGCAGUCGCCGACGGGUGGCGACGCGUCCUCUGGCGGCGCCGCUGCCGCUGCUCCUGGCGCUGGCGGAGGGGCGGGAGCGGAUUACGAUCUGCUAACGACGCUAUCCGAGUUCCUGGGACCGGCCAAGUCGACGGUGCCGACUUCGGACGAGAUUUCGUCGCUGCCGCUGGCGCGGGUCGAGUGCGAGCGGCGGCGCGUGACGCGCGAGGGCAAGGUCAAGCAGAAGCUGUCGGUCGUGGGCGUGCGCGUCGACCGGUGCGGCGUGUGCCUCGACCAGUUCCGCGUGGGCAACUGGGCCGUCCUGUGCCGCUGUCGCCAUGUCCUCCACGAGGCGUGUGCGACGCGGCUGUUUAGGAUGGUCCGUACCUGCCCCACUUGCCGGCGCGAUUGUUUUGUCGAUGCCGACGAGGCGGGGUGA